GCACAAGCACGUGAAAGUCGUCGCGACGUGGCUCAAGGGGCCGGGCGGCCAGCUCGACGAGUUCCACCAGGUCUACGGGUCCAGCGGCGCGCUCUAUCGGGAGACGGAGGCGUCCCUCAAGCGCGCGCGCGAGGACGCGCUCCGCGCGCGGCGGAGGCGCGACGCGGCCAAGGCGACGCGCCGCGCGGACUACGGCCGCGGCGCCGCGACGGGCGGCCGGAAGCGGCAGAAGGGGCCCCAGCUCGACGCGACCUGCGCGUCGGCCCUCGAGGAGCUCCGGGCCGUCACGGAGCCCGGCGACGUCGAGGUCGAACGCGUGCUGCGGAAUUUGCUGGACGCGCUGCGCGCGGGGAAGAACGACGCCGUCGUCAAGAGCCGGCGCCGCGAGCUGCUCCAGCUCCACGCGCGCUGGUGCCCGCGGUCCGCGCUGCGCACGGACCACACGCCCGCCGAGCGCGAGUCGCAGGCCGCGCUGGCGGACUGGUACCGCGGCGCGGGCAAGUCCGCGCGGUCCGGGAGUAAGGCGUUCGCGCCCGCGCGGCGCCGCGCGCGGAAGCUGCGCCGGAAGCGCGAGACGGCGUCGGACCGCAUCCAGACGGCCUUCCGCGUGGCGCCGACCAUGGUCAAGGCGCGCGCGCGCGCGAAGCGGGCGCAGAAGCGGACCAAGGCCGCGUUCGACGCGGCGAAGAUCGGCAAGUUCGGCCGGGGCUGGGCGAAGACGGCGAGCCGCGCGCUCUGGCCCGGCGCGCGCGACGUCCGCGCCGCGAAGACGCCCGCGUCGGCCCUCGCCGUGCUCGUCGACGCCGCGGGCGGCCGCGCGUCGCGCGCGCGGGAGAGUCUGGUCGGCGCCGUCGGCCGCGGCGGCGACGACGCCAAGACCGCGGCGCACCAUUUGGACGCCAUCGUCGACGACCUGCGCCACGACGGCGCCCAGCGCGAGCGCACGGACGAGGAGAAGGCCGCCGGGGCCGCGGGCAUCCGCGCGCGCAUCCAGUACCUGCGGUCGCGGUGCUCGGACCCGGCGGCGAUUGACGCCGAGCUCGCGGCGGAUCCGCGGUUGCUCAUGGGCGGGCCCGCGGGGCUGAGCCGCGUCGAGGCCCUGUUCGCCAACGCGCAGCUCGAGGCCGCGGAGGACGCGGAGGCGACGGCCGAGGCCGCGGGGGCGACGGCCGAGGCGCCGGCCGCCGCGGACGCCGCCGCGGACGAGGAGGAGGACGACGACGACGCGGAGGACGACGACGACGCGUCGAGCGACGGCGACGCGUCGGGCGACGCCGUCGUCGACGAGGCGAAGGAGCGGCGCCGCGCGGAGCGCCGGGCCGCGCGCAAGGCGGAGAAGAAGCGCCUCCGGGACGAGGCGAAGCGCGCGCGCGCGGAGGAGAGCCUCCCGGGCCGCGCGCGGCCGCCGCCGCUCGCGGCGGGCCCGUCGCUGACGAACGCGCUCUACCUCGGC